AUGGCUUCGUUCGAGCAGCCAAGAAUCGCACUUCUCUCUCUCGUGCUCUUAUCUCUUAUGUCUUGUAUGAACUGCUUAGACAUCUACUAUGAAUGGAUUGUCACCGGAGAUUUCUAUUCCACAACCAGCAAUCUCACGGUUAUCAAGAUCAACGGAAUGUUCCCCGGGCCUCUCAUAAACGCAACAACUAACGACGUUGUUCAUGUCAAUGUGUUCAACGAUUUGGACGAGCCCUUGCUCUUUACAUGGAAUGGAAUACAACAGAGGCUGAACUCAUGGCAAGACGGAGUGUCGGGCACGAACUGCCCGAUCGAGCCCGGGACGAACUGGACUUACGUUUUUCAGGCAAAGGAUCAGAUCGGCUCCUAUACUUACUUCCCGUCUAUAAACUUCCAGAAGUCCAGUGGAGGAUACGGCCCAAUUCGAGUCAACAACCGCGAUGUCAUUCUCGUGCCUUUCCCUAAACCAGAAGCCGAGUUUGACCUCCUCGUUGGCGACUGGAUGGACGACUACUACAAGAAUACUCGGAUAACGAUACAAGAAAACUCGAACCGAACGUACCCAAAUGCCAUGUUGAUGAAUGGGAAGGGGCCUUAUGGAAGCCUUGAUUCCACAUUAUACGAGUCUUUCAACGUCACAAAAGGGAAGACCUACCGGUUUAGGAUCUCGAACGUCGGGACUCAGUUCAGCUUCAACUUAAGGUUUCAGAAGCAUCCAAUGGUGCUUGUGGAGACGGAAGGCUCCUACACGAACCAGAUCACGCUAGAUUCUCUGGACGUGCACGUUGGCCAGUCGUACUCGGUUCUCGUCACCGCUGAUCAAGACGAGGCCGACUACUACGUGGUGGCCACCCCGAAAUUUUUUGAAUUUGAUCCAUCCAAUAGCUCCCUUGUUGCCAAAGGGAUACUUCAUUACCUGAACUCUUCAUCCCCUGUCCAAGGCCCUGUUCCCGACGGUCCUGGUGCGUUCGACGUUGACUUUUCGAUGAAUCAAGCUAAAUCCAUAAGAUGGAAUUUGACUGCGGGUGCUGCGAGGCCUAAUCCACAGGGCACGUUCAACGUGUCGAACGUAACGCUGUCUCAGACGUUCAUCCUGCACGGGUCGAGAGCUUUGAUCAAUGAAGUCCAGAGCUAUGUUGUGAACAAUGUGUCUUAUCUUACUCCCACUACUCCCCUGAAGCUUGCUGAUCACUUCAGAAAUGGCUCGGGUGUAUACCAGCUCGACGAGUUCCCUACUCAGUCGGUCAAUGGUGUCGCGGUCUACGGGGUCUCAGUCGUGACAGGGGUGCAUAAGGGGUGGCUCGAGAUCGUGUUCAAGAAUGAUCUUGUUGAUGAGAUUGAUUCUUGGCAUCUAGAUGGCUUUGGAUUUUUUGUUGUAGGAUUUGGCUGGGGGGAAUGGACGGUGGAUUCGCGUGACACGUAUAAUUUAUACGAUCCGGUGGUUCGUUCGACCGUGCAAGUGUAUCCGAGUGGAUGGACGGCUGUGUACGUAUUUCUUGACAAUCCCGGGAUGUGGAACUUGAGAUCCCAGAAUUUGGUGCAUUGGUACAUGGGGCAAGAGAUCUAUAUUAGGGUUCACAACGACGACCCGAACCCGGCCAAGGAGCGCCCACCUCCUCAAAACCUCCUCUUGUGCGGAGUGGUGGAUGGUGAUGAUGCUUUAGCACCUGCGCCGGCUCCACAAACCGGGUGGUGA